AUGGAACGAGAUACUAUCUUGGAAAACUUCUUAGCUUGUACAGGAGUGACAGAUAUCACUUACGGUAUAUCAGUACUGGAAGAACAUGACUGGGACCUAUCUGCAGCUGUUUUCAGUGUUAUUGGUGAUGGUCUCUCAGGUACAUUUGAUCAGGAGGAUCAAUCAUUCCCAUGCUCUACAUCGUAUUCUGUAACGCCUGGACCAACUGGACCUAUCCCAACUUCAAAUUUAUCCGUAAAUCAUAAUUCGAACAGUCAAAAUUUAUCUGUGUCUACAAUGUGUGGUUUCGAUAGCACUACUCCUGACGAUAAUAAUAACAAUAAUAGUAGUAAUUAUAAUCUAUCCUCGACACUAUCAAGAUCAUUGAUUGAACGUGAUAAUAAUCCAGAUCAUUUAUGCGGAUCAGUACGUAUUUUAAAUUUUGAAAUAGAGCUAGAACUACCAUUGGAUGAUGAUGAAAGCGAUGUUGAAGUGCAGAAAGUUACUGAGACAUUUCAAUUUCCUGAUACAGAAACUGUUGGUUUUUUAAAAUGUCAUUUUAUUGAUUGCCGGUUAACUGAACUCAUUCAAUUGGCUACCAGUCCAGCAUUAGAAUCAAAGAUAACUGAGUGUAGUAAAGCUAAUUUAAUGAAGCAUUUAGUUUUUGAAAGUUCAGGAUCACAUUCAUUUAUGGAUAAUUCGGUACUUUUACGUUCAUUGCAUCUACCGAAGUGUGUUCGACUUCAAGCGAAACUUAGUCCUGAUCCAUUACCGGAUUCAAGUACGUCCACAGUGAGUAAACUCAGUGAACCAGUGAAACUUUAUAUCAGUUUAUAUGAAGAUGCAACCAGAAAUAGCGGUAGUAGUAGCAGCAGAACAACUCGUGAUACUGAUGAGAUGAAUGCAGAUACCAUCCGCCCGUCCUCGUCAUCAUCAUCAGCAGCAGCAGGUGGAAAUCGUCGUCAACAACUACGUAAUGCUGUUAGAUCCAUUUCACCUUAUGCCUAUCAUUGUAUGCGUCUCCCGUUAAGUUCACGUAUAUCACAGAUACGUAGUAAUCUAUUUCGUAUUACUGGGAUCCCAAUACCAUGUCAAACAUGGUGUAUCAGUGAUAAACAAUCACGUAGUCAUCAUCAUCAACGUCUAGUCAAUGAACAAAUGCCAUCCAAUGAUAUUUUAAAUUUACUAGUCAAUGAACUCAACUAUCAUCAUCAACGACAAAAACGUAAAUCUACCUCUUCAACUGUACCAGACUGUUCUUCAAUGAUCACGUCUACAACCCCAACAACAACAACAACACCUGUGGAUACUCUUCUAACUGGAAAAAAGCCUGAGAAUCCAACUUUAGCUGAUAUUGGCUUGAAAGCUGGCGAUGUCUGUGAAUUAUGCUUAUUCACUUCACAUUCAGUUGGCAAUACAAAAGAUCGAAACAGAACAACAGGUAUUUUACAAAAUGAUGAUGAUAUCCUCCAGUGUGAACCGCCAUCAACUGCUAGACAACCUCAACAACAAUACCAAAGGAAAUCGCCAUCAUCAUCGUCAAGAACAGCAGCAACGGCAGCCACCACCACAACAACAACACAACAUCCUCUUGAUAGUAUUUUUCUGCCACCUAGUUCUAAUCUACCUACUCCUAUACAACCGGAAAUAUUAUCCAGUGCAAAUAAAUCUAGUCGAAAGGUGUCGUCGUCAGCGCCUAAGAAACAAAGUGGUACAUUUGAUGGCGGUAAUAUAACCCCAGAUAUUGGUUCUGAUGAUGAAGAUGAUUAUGAUAUGGAUUAUCAUUAUUCAAGUGAUGAAAUGCUCGAUCAGACGGAAGAGAAUAAAAUUACCCCAUGGAGUAUGCCAUUAAUUCCUGAUAGCCCAAGUAGUGAAGAUCCAGAAAUGGCUACACAACAGUUUUGUAUUGUCUUUUUACAACGUUAUUGUAGUGACGGUGUUACAAUGGCACCACCAUUCUCUACAUGUAGUCUUGAUACUGCCUUAUCACUAUCUGUUGGUACUAGUCAAGUUUGUGAUCGUAAACCACUAUUUAUCUAUUUACACAAUGAUAAUAGUGUUGCCUGUCAUGUAUUCUGUCAACAAGUAUUAUGCUCAAAUGGAUUGAUCCGAUUUUUAACUGAUCAUGAAUUCAGUUUAUGGCCAUGGGAUAUGACAAAAACAAGAGCAAGAGAACGCCUGCUUGGUUGGCUUGAAGUGAAAUUACCAAACCUAUCGCGGAUUAUAACACCAUUACCUGUGGACAGUUAUCCACUUCUAGCUAUGAUUGUCAAGUUAUCUGGUCAACUGGAAGUACUAUGUAUUGUAAUGGGUACUGGAAUUGUAAAAAUGUGGCCGUUAGAUCCAUUCCCCCCGCUGGGUGCACAUAAUCCUUUAACAUUAUCAAUGAAUCGUUUUACUGAACAACAACAAAUCCAUGAUAGUGAGGCUUCAACUGGAACUGCAACAACAACAACACCAACGGGAGUUGGCAGUUUAAAAUCUGAUGUAAUUGUUGCUGAACUCUGGCAAGCUUAUACAAAUUAUCUUGAAGUCUUAGAACCAGAAUGUGCUAUAGAAAGAGAACUGAUCGCUCGUCGACGUGUUCUAGAGGAACAAGAAGCUGCUUAUGAAGAAUCUUUGCGUCGUGAUCAACAAAAGGAAUGGGAACGUGCUAAAGCCAAAGCUGAAGAGGAUAGACGCAGACAACUUGAAGAAGAACAACGUAUUCACAAUGAAUUAAAAGCAACACAGCAUCGUUUGUCGAUGGCAGCAAGUUUACCACCAGAGCCUCCAGCACCUAAAACUCCUGCAGCUGAUGCCUUUUUGGCAACACCGCAUGGUAGUGCUGGUAUAACAACUCUACGAUUUCGUUUACCACAAGGUUGUACAGUGACAAGUACACAGACUACUCCUGGUACUACUGCUGUUGUUAAUCAUUUAACGGAUGAUACAAGUGUAAAAAAUGGUACAAUUAUUCGACGAUUUUCUGGUCUUGAUCUAUUAAAGCAUGUAUUUAUUUUUAUGGAAUCUAAAGGUUUUUCAAAAUCUGAUUAUAAAUUAUUAACUACAUAUCCCACAAGAGAUUUAACAUUACUAGAUGAAAAUAUGACCCUGGCUGACUUACAGCUUGUUCCACAAGAAACGCUUACAUUAGAAUUACGCUAA